CGAGCUAAGUCUCGGUCCGCCAAGGCCGGGCUACAGUUCCCUGUUGGCCGUAUCGCGAGAUACCUCAAGAAGGGGCGUUAUGCCAAACGCGUAGGUUCUGGGGCGCCAGUUUACUUAGCUGCAGUCUUGGAGUACCUCGUCGCUGAGAUUCUCGAGCUCGCCGGUAACGCUGCGCGUGAUCAUAAGAAGACUAGGAUCAUUCCUCGUCAUAUUCAAUUGGCUGUCCGCAACGAUGAGGAACUGAACAAAUUCCUCGCUGGUGUAACUCUUGCGAGUGGUGGUGUCUUACCCAACAUCCACACUACUCUUUUGCCCAAAAAGAGUAAGGGCAAGAGCUUUACUGCUUCCCAGGAGAUGUAA